UUGUAUGGGAUGUAUACACAGGCGAAGUGCGUCGGUGUAUUGUUUUGAAGAUUGCCGAGGCUUUGAGAUAAACAAACAAAUAAUCACGUUCCGAAAUGCUUCCGGAAAGAUUGAAAAUAUUUUACAACACGAUUUUGUGUCAGACAAUAUCAUCGGACGGCUGCUAUUUAUUUGCUGGAAACAAUUUUGGUGAAAUUUUCGUAUACAACAUUUCUCACAUAUGCGCUGAGCCAAAUGAAUCCGCAUCCCAAGAAAUUCGACAGACCUCCGUUCGUCCCGUUCAGAUUUUCGAAACAGCUGAAAAGGGUAGCCAAAUACACAGUCUGGCAUUCCACAACAAUUUCGUUAUUGUCGGCACUCGAAAUGCUACCGUUACUGGCUAUUCUUGGAUAAAAAACGAAAUUUCAAAGAAGGUAUGGGAGGUAAAGCUGUCGUCCAAAAGCAAUAAGGAUUCGGUGGAUUCCAAGUGGAUCGAGGUGAACAGCUUUUGGCUGGAUAAAGCGAAUUCGCUUUUAUACGCUGGUUGUGGCGACAAUCAAAUCUACGCCAUUCGCCUUGACUGUGGCGUAGUUGAACGAGAAUUUGACGGUCACACAGACUACGUUCUAUCUGUAUACGGCUUGGCAACAGAUCAUCGACUGUUUUCCGGUUCUGAAGAUGGAACCGUCAAAUUUUGGGACAGACGUAUAGAACAGUCCACCGAUCAAAUAAAACCAUACGAAAACAGCAAACUACAACGUCCGGAGUUGGGAAAGUGGAUUGGAACAGUCUCGGCAACAGACGAUUGGAUUGUUUGCGGUGGGGGCGCUAAGUUUUCGCUAUGGCAUUUGCGAUCACUGGAGUGUACAACCGUUUAUAAUUAUCCUGGCAAAGCGCAAGUAUCUGGAUUUUUGGAAGAUUCGGUGUAUGUGGCAGGUGAUUCAAGCAAAUUGCACCAAUUCACACUGAACGGUGAAACUACCAGUGAAAUACCAGUGUCUGGACCAGCCGUGUACAGUGUCGUUUAUCAAAACGAUCCGUUCAAAAUAAUGUCCAUUGCAGGAGCGAGCAAAAAUUUGGACAUCUGCACGAACUUCAAUUAUAAGGACAUUGUUCUCAAUUUAUACGACAAAUAAAUUUUGCAUUACUCACA